AUGCCGUUGAACGAACGCGACGUGACUGCCGCGACGGUGGCCGAAGUCCGCGCCGCCGGCCCGCUCACGCCCCGGGCGCUGCGCCGCGCGGUCGCGGCGCGCCUGGGGCUGGACGCCCGCGACGAGGCCGUGCUGAUUGAGAAGUACUCGCGAUGCAUGGAUGAUGCCGCAGCGGCGAGCUCCGACGCGGCCGCCGGCGAGGAGAAACUCGCCGCAGUGGCGGUCGCCGCGUCCGACGGCGACGACGCGAGCUAUGAAGUGCGCCUAGGCAUGACGGCCGCCGGCGAGGAGAAAUUCGACGCCAUCACGAUCGAGGCCUCGGCCGGCUCCUUCGAGGAUGAUAGCUUCGCCAGCGCUUCCUCCGUGAACGAGCAAGACGGGGUCGAACUGCUAGCGGCCCUAUGCGGAGAAGAAGAUUAUUUCGCCAGCGCCUCCAGCGACGCCGACACGCCCGCGCGGAAGAGCGAGGGGCGCAUUGCCCGCGCUUAUUCGAUUAGUGAGGACGAGAAGGAAUGUGAUAAUGUUCUCGACAAGUUGAGCGACUUAAUUGCAGACCUGGAGUCCCAGCUCGCAUUGCAGCGCGAGGCGGGCGACGACGAGGCGGCCGCCGCGACAGAGGCCAAAAUAGAGGAGUGGACAAGGCGCUAUGACGAGUUAUAUCAUCAAUUAAGAAACCUGCCGCGCUACGACUCUGCGAGCGACAGCGACGACGACGCGAGUACCGAGGCCGAAGACAAUUCUUUGGACGCCAGGCUCGAAGAGCGGCUCGCGAAGGUGGCCGCCAGCAUCGCGGAACAAGAGGCGCUGCUCGCGUCGCAGCGCGCGGCGGGCUACCGCGAAGCUGCGGACGCGACGGCCCACCUUGAUUGGCUCAAGCGGCACGAGCGCGCGCUGCGGCGAAUAGAGGCGACGAGGCACGAGACGGUCGACGUGCGUAUCAUCGUGCUCGGGGAGGGCGACGAGGAGAUCAGUGCCCUGCCCCUCGUCAGCCUCCUGCGGCCGAUUGCGCCCCUGCUGGAGGACCUGCUAAUCGAAACGGAGCCCGCGAAGGAGGAGCUCUACUCGACCUUGAAGAUUGCGGAUGACAUGAUAGCUCUGCGGUCGAGCGAGCCCGUCACGGUCGAAAUGUGGUGCGACCACGAAUCUUUGGGGCCCGCGUCCGAUUUCGACAAGAAGCCGGCACUGCUCUAUUUGGCUGAACAGGUGGAGGUCUGGCCGCCGAGUCAGCUGACGGUCCGCGUGUCGUACCAACAUGAGCUCGAGGCCGUCAUGGCGCCGCGCUGCCUACUCGCGAUCGUCGACCCGGGCAUAAAUUACGUUGCCAUGCCGAUGGACGGGGCCGUGCUCGACGCACCGCUGGUCAACAUCGCCAGGUACGUGCUCUCAAAGGACGAUCCAUCCGAGGUGCGCGGCAGCGCACAGCAACAACGCUUACUGGAGCAGCUCAGGCGGACCGCGGUAGCGGGGCUCGUCUGCGACAAAGAGGCGGACAACACGAGGCACGGCCAGGCGGAGCGAGUCAGCCUGCUAAAGGAGGUGCGCAACGGGACAUUUAAGGUGCCCGAACUACAACCUAUCCACGCCAUCGACGCGAAGCUGCGCGACGCGAUUGACGAGACGGCGCCGUUCGCGGUCCUCUACUUUAGCUCUCCGCGGGAGGCCGUGGAACCGCGCGUGACGUUGUCCGUGCGCGACGCCGACAGCGCGCCGAUGCUGCUCGCCGACGUCGUACUGAGGAAGGACUACUUUCCGAAAAGUCUAUUUGAGCUAUUGAGCUCUGUGAUAAAUAUUACGAAGGGCCAGGCGACGAUCCCUAGCAAAAUUGAGAAGGAAGUAGGCAUGGCAUUGCUCGAUUUUGCCAUACAACCCAAGUACAGUGCUGUAAUUCUCGUUGCCGUGAACGGCGAGGAGCCACGCAAGAUGUCUUUUUCUUGCGUCGACGAGAAGAUCGGCGCGCCGCCCGGCAAGGCCGUGGCGCGCGUGGCGAUCAACGUCGUCGUCGCGGCGCUCCCGGCGCCCGGCACCCGCACGCCGGAGCAAAGGUUCUGGCUCGAGUCCAGGGCUGCCCGCCUCGCCGACGAGUGCGUCGCGGCCCUAGUCGCGGGCGAACCGAUCCCGCGGGACCACCUCAAGAGGCUGAACGUCAUGAAAGAUUUGGGCGACGCCCGGGUGCGCGAGGACUUGACCUGGAUCCAGUUCGUCGGCCACCUCCGGGCGAAACGAACCGCGAAGAAGAUGAAGGAGAUGGACGCGCAGCGGAAGGACAUGUUCGAUGGGCUCAGUCGUAUACGGCUGUCGACCCUGUGUCGUAUGUCCGCAGCCUGCCGGCGCUUUCUGGACGAGCACUGCCCGGCCCUCGAUGUGCGCGCGUGCGCGGACGCGCUGCAGAUGCUGGUGCUGAAGCGCUUCUCGCUCGAGGCCUCCAGCGGGCGCGGUCUGAAGGAUCAUGUGCAUGAUCUCGUAACCUACGUGAUGGAGGGGCCCUCGGACGAGGCGUCGGACCACCCGCACGUGCUGGCGGCGCGCCUCGUCUUCUCGUACUGGAUCGCGUCGGGCGAGCCCCACCGGACCGAGGAGGGGGAACCCUUCAGAAGGGUGAAGCUCCGCGGCGAGCCGGCGGUAUGUUACGAAACCUUUCUCAACGAGGCCGGGCGCCGGGACAUCGUCGCGCUCGUCCUGCGGGCGGACGUCUACGCGUGCGCGGAGUACGACGCCGACGGCCUGCGGCGGGCGCGGCACACGCUGGCGGACGCCGCAUUCCUCUGGACGAAAAGAUUUGACGCCGCCGCGACGCGGCGCUACGAGGUCGCGGCGGCCGCGGGAAACGUGCUGGCGGGCGAGAUUGUAAAGCGCCUCGACAGCACCGACACCGCGACGCUGUCGCGCAAGUACAAGCUCGACGCCUUCGCGACGCGCCACCUCGAGACGCUCCCGCCGGGCCUCAGCGGCGUCGGGGCGGUGUUUGAUCUCGCGUCGAAGAACGACGCCGCGGCGCGCGCGCCAACACCGCGCGCGGACGCCGCGGCGGCGGCCGCGGCGGCGACCGAGAGCUUCGCCGUCGACAGCGCCGCCGCGAAGACCGGAACCGGCAAGAAGAAGCAACAGAAAGCCAAAAAGCUGCGCGAGGAGAAGGAGAGAAAGGCAAAAAAGAAGCUCGAGGACGAGCGCCGGCGGCGCGAGGCCGCGGCGCGCGAGGAGGCCGAGCGCCCGGCGCGGGAAGCGGCGGCGCGCGCGGCCCGCGAAGCCGCCGAGGCCGCCGAGGCUGCUGAAGCCGCGGCGCGCGAGGCGGCGGCGCGCGAGGCGGCGGCGCGCGAGGCGGCGGCGCGCGAGGCGGCGGCGCGCGAGGCGGCGGCGCGGGCCGCGGACGAGACCGAGCCGUCCGAGGAGGCGUCGGCCGACGAGGCGCCGCCGGCCGAGGAGACCGCGCCGGACGACGGCGACUGGACCGGUGUGCGGUCGCGGCGCGAGCGCCGGGCGGCCGCCGAAUUCGAGGCCGCGGUCGCGGCGGCGGACGAGGAGGCGCGCGCGGCCGCCGCCGCGCGCGACGACGAGGCCGCGUCGCUCGCCCUCGCGCGGCAGCUCUCGGCCGAGGACACGGCCGCGCCGCCGGCCGCGCCGGCCUCGCCGCCGCGACGACGGAGGGACGAGUUCAUCGCGUCCACGGGCGUCGCCGGCGCGGCCGCGGACAAGCUCCGCUCGCUCGCGCCGGACCACCAGGCGCGGCUCGUGCGCCGCCUCGAGAUCAGCGUCGCCGCGGGCGCGAGCGCCGUCGACCUCGAAGUCGUGAUCAUGAGGGCCGACGACCAGCAGUACGCGGCGACGGCGUCGGAGCUCGCCGCCCUGGACCCAUCGCUGCGGCCCGUGGCCGACCGCCUCGCGCUGACGUCGGCGGCGGUGUGGUCCCUGUCGACGCUGGAUUCGCUACAGCAGGAGGACCUCGCGUACCGCUUCGCCGAACCGGGCCUCCUCGACGACAUCGUCGACCUCGAUGAUUUCAUCGCCCGGGCUUUUGCGAGGGAGAAGACUUGUGAUAUCCUGCUGCGCGAGAGCAUGUCGUUCAUGGAGCCGGAUCUCGUCAACGCGAUUCACGGCCUCGCCGUCGACCUGUCGCGGAGCUGCGUCAAGGAGCUCCGGGCCCUCGAUGAGCCGACGCAGCGCGACCUGGCACGCGCGUUGGCGACCCUAGACUUCCGAGACAUUCGCGACCCGUCGGCCUACAUCCUCCGGGGCCUGGAGAGGGGCUCGCUCCUCGGCCGCGUGGCCGCGCCGCCCGCCAGGCCGCCGCCGUCGCCCGUGGCGCCGCCGCGGUCGCCACUGGCGCCGCCACUGGCGCCACUGGCGCCGCCGCCCGUGGCGCUGCCGCCGCCGGCCGCGCCGUGGGCCGCGCCGACCGCCGCGCCGGCCGCGCCGGCGUGGGGCGGGCCGCUGGCGACAGCGUGGAACCCGGCGCCGCCGCCGCCGCCCGUUGCGCCGGCGUGGGGCGCCAUCGAGCCGCCGGCCUCGGCGCCGCCGCCACCUCCCGCGGCGCCGGCCUGGAGUCCGAUGGAGCCGGCGCCGCCCCCGGCUGCGCCCGUGCCGGCCUGGGGCGCGGUCGCGCCGCCACCGCCACCGCCGCCGGCCGCGUGGUCGACGCCGGACGCGGCGCCGCUCCGGCCCGCACCGGUCGAUUCGGACGACGACUUCGUGGUGCCCGAGGGCCUCGUGGACGUGGAGCGGCGGUCGAACUGCUCGCUUGAUGCCAUCGUGGCCGUGCUGUCGCAGUGCCCCACGUUCCGCCGCGCGCUCGGCAAUGGCGCCGAGGCCGAGGCCGCGCAGUCGGACGCGCUGCGGUACCUCGGCGCGGCGUUCCGCGCGAGCGCCGGGGGCACGGAUGCCGAGGUCGACGCGGCGGUCGACGGUCUCCGCGCGGCGCUGGCCGCGCGGGGCAACGACGAGGACGGCGAGGGCGUCCGGAGCGAGCUGGCGACGGGCGGCGCGCACCUCGACGUGGCCGAGGUGUUGGGAGAGGUCGUUUCCGUCCUGACCUCGGCGAAGAAGUGCCGCAACUCCGCCUUAGCGCUACGCACCAAGGGUCACAUCCACCAGCAAGCCUGCAAAAAGUGCGGCCACCGCAACGCCGACUUCCGCGACGACGUGGCCUUCGACGAGCUGGCGCGGUCGGCGCCGGCCGCCGCUCUGGUGCACGCCGCGCUCAGCGGCGCCGGUCGCCUCGCGAACGUGUCUGGUUGCGUCGCGAAUGUGUUCCGCGACGCGCACGCGCACGCGGCCAAGUCGUGCGACAGGUGUCACACGCCGGCGGCGUGCGAAGUCGACGUGGUCCUCGACCAACCUGCCAAGGUGCUCGUGCUGAGCCUCGCGUGGUACUCGACGGAUCAGGAUGGCAACGACGUCGCGGCGCUGCUCGAGCUCGUGUGGCGCGACGCGCCGAUGGCUGCGAGAAAGGCCUUUACUAAAAAGGAUGCGUCGGGCCGCGCCAAGCACAGACAGCCGCGCAAAUUGGACCUCUUUGCGGUGGCCGUGUACCAGAACGCGCACUACACGGCGUUCGUGCGCGCGAGGGACGGGUCGGACUCGUGGACGCACCACGACCGGCGCUCGGCCGUCGCGGUUGGGGCGUUUGCGAACGUCGUGGCGCGGUGCCGCGCCGGGCCCAUGCUGCCGUACUUGCUGUUCUACGACUCGUUGGCGGGGCACUAGCUGUGAGUUAAUUGUUUGUCAGUUUCAGG